AUGUACAACGAGAAAUUCGAGAAGGAACCCCGCUACUACUACAAUGCCAAGCAGCGUCGAGAACGGAAACGGGAUGGUAUGGCGCACCAGAGCCACCGGGACGACCGAGACGACGAAGCCCUGUUCAGCGACGAACCGCUCGGUGCCGGACGGGUAGAAACCGCAGAUAGUCUACUCGUGGGGGCUCAAGAGGUGAACCGCCGCAACUGUCGACAUGUGCAACUUCCGGUGGCAGGACGUCUACUACCGUUCAUGGUAGACACUGGAGCAGAAAUCAAUAUCUUCCCGGAACCACUGCUCAAAAACCUGGACGUUCAAACGCAGUUCUCCGUAACCGGCCUCGAGAAUCCACUACAAGUCAAAGGCGUCGGCGGAUACAGCAAGUGCGAUUCGCAAGUCCGCAUCACCACGUCGGUGAAUGGUCAGGUCGUUGAACUGGACUUCUACGUCCUACCUACACCCAUGAUGAAGUACCCGAUGUUGGGGCUGCCCGCACUCCAACAGUUAGGCGCCGCCGUCGACCUAGCCAGCGAAAGGCUGGCCACCCAUCACGGAGACCUACCACUGGUCCAAGACCCCGACCUAGUGGAAUGCGAUUCCAGGGUGAGUGCCCUUCAGGAAGCUGAAGAAUCCUUCACACUCAGCCAGAUCGAAGAGCGCAUUAACCCAUCACUGUCCGUCAGUCAGAGGCAGGACAUACUCAAGCUGCUCACAGCCUACGACUCGACAUGGACAGCUACGAAGGUCGGACGUUGUAAGGUACUAGAACACCGGAUCGACACGGGGGACAGUAAGCCCAUCAAGCAGGGCACCCGGCGAUACUCACCGGAACAGAAGCAGGAAAUCCAGCGACAGGUCCAAGACCUGCUGGCCGCGGGGGCCAUCGAAGAGUCAGACAGCCCGUGGAGGUCACAAAUAGUCAUGGUUCCAAAAAAAAACCGGGGAGUGGCGGAUGUACGUCGACUAUCGCGCCCUCAACGACGUCACCGUCCCGGAUACCUUCCCGCUGCCCAUCAUCGAAGAUCUCCACGAUCAGCUAGGGGAAGUGGAACACGUGAUCACUAA